AACAAGUUUUGAGGUCAUUAUUCAGUUAUCAACUGAAAACUAAAUCUAACAAAUUAUAUAAAAACUCAUUUAUUUCAACGAUAAAGUAUCAAAACCUAAACAAAUUUCAAACAUUGAACACAUUUUUCUCCAGGAAAAAAACCUCAACUUCAAAAUGAAAUUCAUUCUUGUUGCUUUGGCUUUGGUAGUUUGCGUCUACGCUGAUGUCUCCGAAUUGGGUUACAACUAUCCCCAACCUGCCCCUGCAGCUCCUCAAAAAUCAUACAUUCCUCCACCACCACCAGCUCCUGUAGAACAACCUCACAACACUUACAUACCCCCACCACAACCUGCUCCCGUUGAACAACCACAAAAUACCUACAUUCCUCCUGCUGCCCCUGCUCCAGUAGUCCCUGAACAACCACAAAACACUUAUAUUCCUCCAGCUGCUGAAUCCCAUGUAGAAUCUGUAGCUGAAGACGGUUACCGUUACAAAACCGUCCGUCGCGUUGUCUACAAGAACCGUGCUUAAGUUCACGAAAAGGAAUUUCAUA